UACAGAAGUACCAACUCGCUGGAGCUGCUCGCCCUACAUGGCAUUGCUGUCUGCGAUUCCACCUCCAUCACCUUGCGCAGCACUGCCCGCGAGCGGCGCGAGGAUCGGGGGGUAUGUUGAGCCUUUCAAACGCAGUCAAGCGCAGAAGGACUAAGUACAUCAAAUCAGUGGUUCAUCAAGUGUUCCAGAUUUGAGAAGUCAAGGUGGAACCUUCAUCCUGUGCGCCGCGUGCGCUGUGAUUGGCAGACUGGUGGGAGAUGUGCGCUCUUUGGCGCCGCAUUUGCCUACAGGCAAUCGCAGCGAAAGCGCAGUGCGCGGUCUGUCGCAGAAUGGCCAGCAGGUGCCGGUGAGUGCUUGGAAGAUUGUGGCAUGGUCUCUUUGCAGGGCGUUGAUCCAGAUCGGCCAAAGGACAACCAGGACGCCUGCUACGUCGCUGAGCUUCCAGACGGUCGUUUGCAGGCAGUGGUGCUGGAUGGUCACGGCAAGAAGGGCCACGUUGUAUCCGGCGCACUCAAGGCCUUUCUACCUGACCUCUUGACAGAGCAGCUUGCAUCCGGCAAACACGACAUCCCCACAGCCAUGCGCAUGGCCUUCAUGGCCAGCGAUGCUACGCUGCGGGAGAAGGGAGUGGGCCAAUCUGCUUGGGCAUCAGGAGCAGCUGCCUUGGCGGCCGUUGUUGAAAGAGGCGCCACAUGGCAUAUCGAUGUGGCCUGCGCGGGGGAUUGUCACGCCUGGCUGCUGGAGAAGGUAGAAGGAAGGUGGCGUGGCUCUUCAAUCUCACAAGCAAGCAGUUGCGAGCGGGAGAGAGACCGCUUGGAGGCUGCUGGAGCUCGUGUCUCCAAAGGCAUUCUUUGGGCUGGACCUAUUGGUGUUGCAAUGUCUCGGGCGUUGGGAGACUUAGCUUUGCGGCCCUUUGGCCUGCUCUGUGAGCCCGAGCUGCAGGAGAUCUCUGGACAAAACGAGGCGUUUCUAUGUUUGG